AUGAACCUUUCAAAACCUUCGCCAUACUCUGCCGCCGAUGCUCCUGGGCUCCUCUACGCCUCCUUCAACCAAGACUAUGGCUGCUUCUCGUGUGGGCUCGACUCUGGCUUUCGAAUAUACAACUGUGACCCUCUCAAGGAAAAGAUGCGGAAAGAGUUCGAGGAUGGAGGCAUCUGCAUAGUCGAGAUGCUAUUCCGCUGCAAUUAUCUCGCCCUGGUCGGCGGCGGCAAGAAUCCGAAAUACCCACCCAACAAAGUUAUUAUCUGGGACGACGACCGGAACAAGUGCGUGAUCGAGCUAGAGUUCAGGAGCGAGGUCAAGGCCGUCAAAUUGCGGAGGGACAAAUUCGUCGUGGUGCUUGUCAACAAAGUCAUUGUGUAUACUUUCAGCUUGAUGCCGACCAAGCUACACGUCUUUGAAACGGUCGAUAACGAUAGAGGUCUGGUGGCAUUAUCAUCUUCAGACAAGCAUGCCAUCUUGAUCUUUCCUGGACGUCAAAGUGGACACAUUCAAAUCGUCGACCUGAACAGCGUCGUGCCCACUACCGCAGUGACCUCAUCCACAGCCCCAACGUCUCACGCCAAUCCGUUCUCGGCUCCCAAUCAACCAAAAUACCCUAUGGCGAGUACCAAGCCCACCACCAAUAUCUCUAUUAUUCCAGCUCAUACGAGCCCGCUCUUCUGUUUGGUCACUAACGCGGACGGAACGAAAUGUGCAUCUGCCUCUGACAAGGGCACAUUGAUCAGGGUUUUUGACACAGGGUCCAGCAAACUUUUGCACGAGUUCAGACGUGGCGCCGACAGGGCUGAGAUUUACAGUAUUGCAUUCAACAGCGAUUCAACAAGAAUCUGCGCUGGAUCGGACAAGGGCACAGUUCAUAUCUUUAAUUUGGAUGGUGCUACUGGAUCAAGGGUGUACCAGGCAGGAACAGGGACCCCGUCUAGUGGACCGCAGUACGGCGAAGUUAUCCAGCCCCACCAUGCUUCACAGAUGUCAAGCGGAAAUAGACAAUCAAGUCUGGCAUUCAUGAAAGAUCUCCUGCCAAAAUACUUUUCAUCGGCCUGGUCAUUUGCACAGUUCAAAGUGGCAGCCGAUUGUCGAUGCAUUUGCGCUUUUGGAGGCGAAAAGAACACCGUGAUUGUGGUGUGUGCGGACGGCAGCUUUUAUCGGUUCAUGUUUGAUCCUCAAAAGGGAGGCGAAUGUGUGCGGGAGAGCUAUAACAAGUUUCUGGAGGAGAGCGACGAUGAUUAG